AUGCGUCGGGCCAAGCGGGCAUAUUUUAACGCUAUCAAGCAGGCAAAGGUGAACCAUCUAGAGAUGGAAUUCAGCAAAAUGGAUGAGGUGGGGGUCCACAGGCGUUUCAAAACCCGCACGCCAACCGUGGCCGCUUACAAUAAAGCCGAGAUCCUCGAUCACUUUUUCGGCUUGCGGGAGCGCCCCCCACCGCUCGGACACGAGGAGAAAGACUACUCGGCAGCUGACUGUGACAGGAACUGGAAGGCUCUGGGAGGCCCCUUAGCGAACGAAGAACUAGAGACAGCUAUACGCAGCCUCAAAACUCGUAAGGCCUGCGGUCACGAUGGCAUCUUCUAUGAACAUGUGAAGUACGCAUGCCAGAAUGUGCCCUGGUUCAGCGAUGCGGUAAAAGGAGUUUUCAACUCGAUACUCAGAUUGACACAUUACCCGACGGUGUUCAAACGUGCGGACCUUUGCAUGCUGUAUAAAGCUAAUGGGCGACUUGGUCCAAAAGCGUGGCGACCGGUAGCACUGACAUCAUGUCUGGGUAAGUUUUUCGAGCUACUACUGAAACGGAGACUCCUGACGGCGCUCGGGCCUCCUCCGGAUUACGUACAUGGCUUCGUCCCUCACCGCAGCACUAUCACUGCCGUGGAGUCGAUCAUCCGUCAUCAGCAGCAACAACCUGAGGAGGCACGCACCAUAACCGUCACGUUCGAUGUCGCUGCGGCUUUCGACCGAAUUGGUCAUGCUCAUAUCGUAGCAGAGAUCACUGCCAUCACGGGAAUUUCGCAAUGGGGAGAUCUCGUGCAAUCUUACUUGCAUGGCGGGGAUGUACAUCUCGAUGGUCUCACAACCUACCGAGCAACGGGAAUUCCCCAAGGCGGGGUGCUCUCGCCCGUGUGCUUCUCGGCAUCGACGUGGCGAGUCGGAAGACGGAUCACAGAUCUCAGUGGUCCCUUCUCUAUCAAAGUGGCUAUCUAUGCGGAUGAUUUCUGCGUACGGAUUGUUGCUCUCGGUGUGAUUGGACUCUCCGCUGGUGUGAGACAGUCUCUGGGUACUCUUUCUGCGUGGUCGACCGAGGCAGAACUCGCGAUCGACCGUGAGAAAACAGAAGCACUCGCCGACUCUGAUGCGACGGCUGAUCUGCUGAAAGAAGAGCUAGCCGGUACUGACGCUCAGUUCAUCAGCGAGAGCAUUAAGAGGUCCAUCAGAUGGCUGGGACUGUCACCUGGACUUCGCCUUCGGUAA